CAAUCUGACAUUGACACAAGUUAAGGUUAUAAAAUUUCCUUUUACUAGAUAUUCGUAUUUUAUUCUCAAAAUUGUUUGAAAAACAUCAAAAAUGAGUAAAGCUAAGGUGGCUGUGCGUGAUAUUUCACCAAUAUUGCAAGCAUUAAGGAAUUUCUUGCUUGGCCGAUCGCAUACUAAUGCCUUGAGGUUCGAGCCGUUCCUGGCUGACAGGACCCAACCACCACCAGCAAUCCCCGAUGGUGUUGCUCACAAACACUCCCAGAAUUACUACUACACAAGAGACGCGCGCCGCGACGUUGUUCCGCCGAUAGAUGUCACUAAAGUGCUCAUUGAAGCUAGCUCAGACAAGGGUGCUCCCAAAAAGGCGGCAACCGUUGCACCCACCCCUGGAAAACUAUACCAAUGGGACAAACACUAUUAGAGACAAAUCAAAUUACUAUCAAUCAUAUUAUGAUAUUACCAUGCUGUAAAGUUUUAAGUUAAAUAAAUUUAGAUUCUUAAUUAUGCAAGACA